UAUGACAUGGAAAACGUUUGAGAAAGUGAUAGAACAUAGUACACUUUCAGCCAUGGAGUCACCAUCUUCUUUGCACAUAGCAAUGUUUCCAUGGUUUGCAAUGGGACACUUAACUCCAUAUCUUCAUCUCUCAAACAAAUUAGCCAAAAGGGGACACAAAAUCUCUUUCUUCAUUCCCAAGAAAACACAAACCAAAUUAGAACAAUUCAACCUUUAUCCAAAUUUAAUCACUUUUUACCCUCUCAAUGUUCCUCAUAUUCAUGGUCUUCCAUUUGGUGCUGAAACCACUUCAGAUGUCUCAUUCUCUUUAGGUCCACUCAUCAUGACAGCUAUGGAUCAAACUCAACCUCAAGUUGAACUUCUUCUCACUCAACUAAACCCUGAAAUUGUUUUCUUUGAUUUCACCUUUUGGUUACCAAAAAUUGCUCAUAAUUUAGGAAUCAAGUCUUUGCAAUGCUGGAUUGUUAGUCCAGCAACAGUUUCAUAUAAUGCAUCUCCAUCAAGGAUGUGUGAAGGUACAAACUUGACUGAAUUUGAUCUUAUGAAACCCCCAAAAGGGUACCCUAUUUCAUCCUUUAAUCUUUAUUAUCAUGAAGCAAAGCACCUUGCUUUAAAAAGAAAAUUGGAAUUUGGAAGUGGGAUUUUUUUCUAUGAUAGGAUCUAUUAUGGUUUAAGCUUAAGUGAUGCAAUUGGGUUCAAAGGUAUUAGAGAAAUUGAAGGGCCUUAUGUUGAUUACUUGGAACAAGAGUUUGGUAAACCUGUUCUUCUUUCAGGACCUGUUUUACCUGAACCACCUAAAACUGUUUUAGAUGAAAAAUGGGGUUCUUGGCUUAAUGGAUUUAAGGACGGUUCAUUAGUUUAUUGUGCACUUGGAAGUGAAUCUAAAUUAUCACAAAAGCAGUUUCAUGAAUUAUUGUUGGGACUUGAGUUAACAGGUUAUCCAUUUUUGGCAAUUCUUAAACCUCCUAUUGGUUUUGAAACGGUCGAAGAUGCUUUUCCAGAAGGGUUUGAAGAAAGGGUUAAGGAAAAAGGGAUUGUUCAUAGUGGAUGGAUACAGCAACAAUUGAUUUUGGAACACUCGUCGGUUGGUUGUUUCGUAACACAUUGCGGAGCUGGUUCGUUGACAGAGGGGUUGAUAAAUAAUUGUCAGAUCGUGUUGAUGCCUCAUUUAGAUGGUGAUCAUAUCACUAAUACUAAGAUUAUGGGUAGGGAAUUGAAGGUUGGAGUUGAAGUGAACAAGGGUGAUGAAGAUGGAUUGUUCACUAAGGAAAGUGUUUGUGAAGCUGUGAAAAUUGUUAUGGAUGAUGAGAAUGAGAUUGGCAGAGAAGUUAGGAAUAAUCAUGAUAAACUCAGGAACCUUUUGUUAAACCAAGAUUUGGAGUCAUCCUGUGUUGAUGGUUUCUGUGAGAAGCUUCAAAAAUUAGUCAGGUGAUUUUCUAAUUAGUAGAAACUCUAUCAAACUGUUAUAUAUUGUUGUAUGGUUCCAAUAAAAAAAAUGUUGAGUCCUAUCAAAAAAUUUCAAUGUUAUUAAGGGUAAGUAGUCUACCACUAUGGGAUCAUUUCAAUGUGUAUGUAUAAAUUAGGUUAAGAAAUUCAUUUCUAAUGUGCUACUUGAAUUGCUGUAGUUCUUGGCAGUUAAUUUGACAUUUAGUGUAGUCUCUAGUAUAAUGAAUGGAAGGGGGAGCCUUGGUGCAA